CAGAGCUCUCCACUCAUUGUUAAGACGCCACCUUUCGCUUCUUCACUCCCCAUUCUACAUUCCACCUCACUCUUGGACCUCUUAUCUCCUCGAGCGCUGGGAAUACCCUCAUCGAGCAUACACUUUUUCUCAGUCACACGUCUUUUUUUUUAUUGUGUUCCUGCUCCUCCUCUUGCGCAGCCUCGCCUCUGGUGACGUCCUUAAUUCUCUGCUCAAGUUACUCCGUCACUUCCUUCAUCAUGAAGCUGAACGCUGUUGCAGCGGCCAUGUCGGCUGCCAUGCUUACGGGCAACGUCCACGCCGAGGACAUCAAGGAGGCUUCCCCUUCUGUUCCCGACAAGCUCCCUACAUUCACCCCGACCGUUGUCAAGGCCGACUUCCUUGAGCAAUUCACCGACGACUGGGACCAGCGAUGGAAGCCCUCUCACGCGAAGAAGGACACAUCUGGCUCCGAGGAGGAAUGGGCUUAUGUUGGCGAGUGGGCCGUUGAAGAGCCCGUACAGUACAAGGGCAUCGAGGGCGAUAAAGGUCUUGUUGUCAAGAACCCUGCGGCGCACCAUGCUAUUUCCGCCAAGUUCCCUAAGAAGAUUGACAACAAGGACAACACCCUCGUCGUCCAGUAUGAGGUGAAGCUGCAAAAUGGCCUCGAGUGUGGUGGUGCUUACAUGAAGCUGCUUCGCGACAACAAGGCUCUCCAUCAGGAAGAGUUCGCAAACACAACCCCCUACGUGAUCAUGUUCGGUCCCGACAAGUGUGGCCACACCAACAAAGUCCACUUCAUUUUCAACCACAAGAACCCUAAGACUGGCGAGUAUGAGGAGAAGCAUCUCGAUUCUCCCCCCACCGCCAAGAUUACAAAGACCACCGAGCUUUACACUUUGAUCGUUCAUCCCAACAACACGUACGUCAUCAAGCAAAAUAAUGAGGAGGUCAAGACCGGCAGCCUCUUGGAGGAUUUCACCCCCGCUGUCAACCCCCCGGCCGAGAUUGAUGAUGCAAACGAUAAGAAGCCUGAAGACUGGGUUGACCAAGCACGCAUUCCCGAUCCUGAGGCCAAGAAGCCUGAGGAUUGGGACGAGGAUGCCCCCUACGAGAUUGUCGACGAGGAAGCUGAGAAACCUGAGGACUGGCUCGAGAACGAGCCCGUCACCAUCCCCGACCCUGAGGCCGAGAAGCCAGAUGAUUGGGAUGACGAGGAGGACGGCGACUGGAUCGCCCCUACCGUCCCCAACCCCAAGUGUGCCGACGCCUCUGGUUGCGGCCCGUGGACCAAGCCAAUGAAGCGCAACCCCGACUACAAGGGUAAGUGGACUGCACCUUACAUCGAGAACCCUGCAUAUAAGGGAACUUGGGCUCCCCGCAAGAUCAAGAACCCCGACUACUUUGAGGACAAGAACCCUGCCAACUUCGAGCCCAUGGGAGCCAUUGGUUUCGAGAUCUGGACUAUGCAGAAUGAUAUUCUCUUUGACAACAUCUACAUUGGUCACUCCAUUGAGGACGCCAACAAGCUCGCUGAGGAGACCUUUGGUGUCAAGCACCCCAUCGAGAAGGCCCUCUUCGAUGCCGACAAGCCUAAGCAGGAGGACAAGCCUAAGUCCCCCAGCGACCUCAAGUUCCUCGAUGACCCUGUUCACUACAUCACCGAGAAGGUCGAGCUCUUCAAGGCCAUUGCCGCUCAGGACCCCAUCGAGGCCAUCAAGUUCGUCCCCGAGGUUGCUGGAGCUUUUGCCGCCAUUAUCAUUGGUGCCGCUGGCCUCAUCGCUGUUCUGUUCAACCUUGGCAAGUCACCCGCUGUUCAGCAGACUGCUGAAAAGGCAUCCGACAAGGCCAAGCAGGUCAAGGAUAAGGCUGCUGAGGCCACCGCUACCGGCGCUGAGCAGGUCAAGGGCGCUGUUAACAAGCGCACUACCCGCAGCCAGUCAUAAGGAAAAAGAGAAAAUAAUCUCAGAUGGUCAGUUGUAUCGGGUGGAGUGAUAUUCAAAAGCGGACGGAGAACCUGUGGAGGUAAGAAGAUAAGCAAGUUUGGAAGGAAAUGUACACAAUUCUCACGAUUGAUUGAUUGAUUGAUUGAUUUGGCGCAUCAGAGCAGCGAUAGGGAUAUCGAACAAUUGAUAGCUUUUCAGGCUGACCUCACUCUUCAUCGGUUCAUGACUCGUCGUGGUGUUCCAUAUGUCUAGACCACUCAAGAGGUACUGUGAAGCAAGGCGUUGGCAUUAUUAUCUCGGUUUGUUUAAGGUAGUUUCGUAUUUACAGUAGGUCAACUCGACAAGUAUUAAAUCUGG